UUGGAUGUGUUGAGGGUUUUCAUUUUUUGCUGUUCUGUUUAAGUGGCGUUUAUUGAAAUUAAUAAAAUAAAAUACUAAGCAAGAUACUUACUGCAAAUUUCCCUGGGAAGACAUUAUAAGCAUUGCUUCGCAUAUACUCAAUAGCCAAUAAUGUCGGAUUCAGAAGAAAGUAAUGUUUCGGAUAGCGGUUCAGAAGAUGGGUCUCUGGGUUCUAACAAAUCGCAGAAAAGUAUGCGUUCACGGUCUAGAUCGUUACAACGUUCAAGAUCGGGAUCUAGAUCUUCACAUUCGCCUUCUCGCUCAAGGUCGCGGUCACGUUCAAGGUCUGCAGGCUCAGAAUCGGGUUCAGAAGGUUCUCCCCGCGGUCAUAAACGUGGACGUGAUGAAGAUGACGAUAACGAGGAUGAUGGUGAUGAAGUGGAUUCCGAGGAAUACGAAGAAGAUGAAGAUGAUAGACCCCGAAAAAAAAAGAAGAAAGAUCGUUUUGGUGGUUUUAUAAUUGACGAAGCUGAAGUGGAUGACGAGGUUGAUGAAGAUGACGAAUGGGAAGAAGGAGCUAACGAAUUAGGGAUAGUGGGCAAUGAAAUCGAUGAAUUAGGCCCAACUGCACGUGACAUUGAAAUACGUCGACGUGGCACGAAUCUUUGGGACACGCAGAGGGAGGAUGAGAUUGAAGAAUAUUUACGUAAAAAGUAUGCCGAUGAAUCCAUAGCCAAAAGGCAUUUCGGUGAUGGCGGUGAAGAAAUGUCCGAUGAAAUUACACAGCAGACACUAUUACCGGGAAUUAAAGAUCCAAAUCUCUGGAUGAUCAAGUGUCGUAUCGGUGAAGAAAAAGCCACUGCUCUAUUGCUAAUGCGUAAAUUUCUGACAUAUCUUAAUACCGAUGAACCUCUGCAGAUUAAGUCAGUGGUAGCACCUGAAGGCGUCAAAGGUUACAUUUAUGUUGAAUCAUAUAAACAAACACAUGUUAAAACAGCCAUAGAGAAUGUCGGCAAUUUGCGUAUGGGCCAGUGGAAACAGGAAAUGGUACCCAUUAAAGAAAUGACUGAUGUUUUGAAAGUGGUUAAAGAGCAAGUCGGUCUGAAGGUUAAGCAAUGGGUACGCUUAAAACGUGGUCUUUAUAAGGAUGAUAUAGCUCAGGUUGACUAUGUAGAUUUGGCUCAAAAUCAAGCUCACUUAAAAUUAUUACCACGUAUUGAUUACACUCGUAUGAGAGGAGCGUUACGAUCGACAUCCAAUGAAGCCGAUAAUAAGCAAAAGAAGAAACGUCGUCCUCCAGCGAAGCCAUUUGACCCUGAAGCUGUUAGAGCUAUCGGAGGUGAAGUUCAUUCAGAUGGCGACUUUUUAUUGUUUGAAGGAAAUCGUUAUUCUCGCAAAGGUUUCUUAUAUAAAAACUUCACUAUGUCGGCUAUUUUGGCCGAUGGUGUUAAGCCCACUCUGGCAGAAUUAGAAAGAUUUGAAGAGCAACCUGAAGACGUGAACUUGGAAAUUGUUACUGGAGUAAAGGAUGAUCCGACAGUGGCCCAUUCAUUUUCCAUGGGUGACAACGUGGAAGUUUGCUUAGGUGACUUGGAAAAUUUACAAGCAAAAAUUAUUGCUAUUGAUGGUGGCAUGAUCACUGUUAUGCCCAAACAUCAAGAUCUAAAGGAUCCUCUUGUCUUUAAAGCAAAUGAGUUACGUAAAUAUUUUAAAACUGGUGAUCACGCUCGCGUUUUAGCCGGACGCUAUGAGGGUGAAACCGGUCUAAUUAUACGCGUCGAACCUACUCGCGUUGUGUUAGUAUCCGAUUUAACCAAUCACGAGCUGGAAGUUUUGCCUCGUGAUUUGCAACUAUGCUCAGAUGUAGCUACGGGCGUUGAUUGCCUGGGCCAGUUUCAAUGGGGUGAUUUGGUGCAAUUAGAUCCUCAAAAUGUAGGCGUCAUUGUCCGCUUGGAACGGGAAAAUUUCCAUGUUCUGGGAAUGCAUGGUAAAGUUAUUGAAUGUAAGCCCACUGCCUUGCAUAAGCGUCGUGAAAAUCGUAAUACGAUUGCUUUGGAUGCCGAUCAAAAUCAAAUAAGAAGGCGCGAUAUCGUCAAAGUUAUGGAGGGACCACAUGCUGGUCGUUCUGGUGAGAUUAAGCAUUUAUAUCGCAGUUUGGCUUUUCUCCAUUGCCGUAUGUACACCGAGAACGGCGGUAUAUUUGUGUGCAAAACGCGUCAUUUGCAGUUAGCUGGAGGCAGCAAAUCGCAAUCGAAUAAUUUGGGUCCUUUGGGGGGUUUGGGUUUUAUGUCACCGCGCAUACAAUCCCCGAUGCAUCCAUCUGGUGGUCGCGGUGGUCGAGGCGGUGGUAGAGGUGGACGUGGCGGCUUUCGCGUUACUCGCGACCGUGAGAUUCUGGGGAAAACAAUUAAAAUUAGCGGCGGUCCUUACAAAGGAGUGGUUGGUAUUGUAAAGGACGCUACAGAAAGUACAGCCCGUGUAGAAUUGCAUACGUCUUGCCAGACAAUUUCCGUUGAUCGCAACCACAUUGCUAUUGUUGGAGCAGCUGGAAAAGAUGGCAGCUUAUCGUCAUAUGGUCGUACACCAGCUCGCACCCCGGGCUAUGGUUCACAUACGCCUAUUUAUGCUGCAGCUGGUUCUAAAACACCAUUGCUGGGCAAUCAAACACCCAAUUGGGAUUCGGAGGGUCGUACACCUUACAGUAGUUCAAUGACACCAUUGCACGAUGGUAGCAUGACCCCUCGACAUGGAGCGUGGGAUCCUAAUGUUACCAAUACUCCAGCACGCAGCAACGAUUUUGAUUACUCACUUGAAGAGCCUAGUCCAAGUCCCGGAUAUAAUCCUAGCACUCCGGGAUAUCAAAUCAAUACUCAGUUUCCGCCGCAGACUCCUGGAACUUUGUACGGCUCUGAUCGUAGUUAUAGUCCCUUUAAUCCUAGCCCUAGUCCGGCCCCAUCCCCGUACCCAGUCGGUUAUAUGAACACACCUUCGCCGUCCAGUUAUUCACCGAAUACCCCGGGUGCUCCACAUUCCCCUUAUAAUCCUCAGACGCCUGGAGCCAGUUUGGAAUCACCUAUAAGUGAUUGGUGUACUACGGACAUAGAAGUUAAAAUCCAUACUCACGACGAUACAGAUUUAGUCGGACAAACUUGUAUUAUACGUACUGUAUCUAAUGGUGUUUGUUCGGUGUUUCUACGUCAAGAGGAUCGUAUCGUUUCCGUAGUAAGUGAGCAUUUGGCGCCAGUACACCCAGGCAUUGGCGAUGAGUUUAAAGUUAUACACGGAGAUGAUCGUGAAUCUGUGGGCAAGGUCGUAUCCCAAGCGGAUAAGGUUACCAGCGUUUGUAAGUUGAACGAUGAAAUUAAGCUACUACCGACCCUUUAUUUAUGCAAAAUGAAAUCAGUUGAAUAAAUUAACCAAACCGUAGUUUAUUCUUCUGCAAUCAUUUACAAAGGUUUAAAACAAUUUUUAUUUCUCAAUAAAAAAAUAAAGAUUUCACAAUUUAAAAAC